UCGCAAAUACUCUACCGGAAGCCGUGAUGUCGAUACCGCAUAAACAGUUAUUAAAUGAAGAUGAAUUAGAUACUUCCAAACAGCCUCCAUUGAGGGAAGGACCAGUGAUACAAGCUGAGGCCCAAAUUCCCGAUCCAAAUCAAAGUCAAGAGCAAAUAGUAACCACAGUUAUUGACGACCCUAACAGAAAUGGCGAAGGCAUUCCUGAGUUCCCAAUUAGGAAGUCCAUUGUCGUAGGUUGGCAGUAUUGUCGAAAAAUUGAAGGAAUACUUAAAAUCCUAGAAUUGAUGUUUAGCUUCCUAUCGUUUUGUCUGACAGCAUCCUGGAGAUCAAAGUAUCAACACAUGCCACAUUAUACCAUUAGACCUAAUGAUGUCGGCUUCUUUAUAUUUACUGGCGUCAUAACAUGGCUAUAUUGUACCGCCGAUUGUGCAAUACAUAUUGUAGCUGCGUACAAAAACCUUGCAAUUGCCUCUAGUUCUCAUUGGCUAACGUUUAAUUCAAUUAUCUCAGCAGUUAUGGUCAUUUUCUGGUUAGUUGGCUCUUCCUUAAUAGCCAAUAUCACUGUUACCGUGCCAGGUUCUUGGGAUGAUUGGCAAGGAAUCUUGGAGACUGCAUCGGCGCAAGAUGAUAUUAUAGAUGCGAAAAUAUUUCUAUUCCCGGUAGAUAUUGCGCCAUUGUUAGUAUUCCGUUUAGUCAUAAAAUUAUGGAUGCAUGCACGAAUUUAUCCAUCUCGACAAAUUCUUGCGCUUAAAAAUCAAUUUCGUCCACAGAGGUUAGAAAAUGGCCACUGGGCAAUGUUGUUCUCACUAGUACAAAGUGCUCUUUUAUCGAUCAAAGCGAGAGGUGAUUCAGAGGACGAAUAUGGACCCAAAUUGGAUUAUAAAAUCGUUGCCAUUUGUAACGUAAAAUAUUUUGCUCCAGAUUGGAGAGACCAGCAACUGAAAUUGUACAAUGUCCCCAUUAUACUGAUUACCUACUUCUUCAUCCCUUACUGA